AUGCGGUUCUCAACACUGUUUCCGAUGCUACUUGUAGCUGGGGUCGCCAAAGCUCAAUUUGGAGGUUUUGGCGGAGGAGGCUUCGGAGGUGGCUUCGGUGGAGUCAAUCCAGGUCAACAAGGUCAACAAGGCCAACAAGGUCAACAAGGCCAACAAGGUCAACAAGGCCAACAAGGCCAACAAGGCCAACAGGGCCAGCAAAACCAGCAGAAUCAAGCACAAAACGGCCAGAACAACAACAACAACAACAACAACAACAACAACAACAAUGGCGGCGGCGGCGGUGGUGGUGGAGGAGGAGGAGGAGGAGGAGGAAAUGCCAAUCUGGCCUUGGACCCGAACAACGUUCAAGCCAAUAGUGCGGCGACUGGCUUGGAAGCAGGCGCUGAGGCAGGUCAGGCUGCAUCUGACACUGACAACGCCAAUUUCAUCAACGUUUGCUCUGGCAAGACGCUCACGAACGGACUUCAGGUUCGUGAAGGCUCGUGCAACGGCAUUCCUAUGGGAGAGAUCCCAGCCGCAAACCAAAUGGUUUCUGCUGUCUUCACCAGUCCUCAGAAUGGCGAUGUCGUGCCUCCGAACACUGCAAUGAAGUUCUCAGUACAGAUUGCCAACUUGCAGGCUGGAACCUUUACAAACCCCGACAACACCUACUACGCAGCCCCUCAAACACUUUCAGGAGGCCAGGUUGUCGGACACACUCACAUCACGGUUCAGGACCUCGGAAACGACCCUAACCCUACGCAGCCUCUUGAUGCCGAGACAUUCGCAUUUUUCAAGGGCAUCAACGACAAAGGCAAUGGCAACGGGCUUUUAAGCGCUGAUCUUGCCGACGGGCUUCCUGAAGGCUUCUACCGUGUCUGCUCCAUGACUUCGUCAAGCAAUCAUCAGCCGGUGCUCAUGCCUGUCGCCCAACGUGGUGCUCAAGACGAUUGUGUCAGGUUCCAGGUCUCUGCCAAUGGCGGCGGAAAUAACAAUGGUGGCAACAACAACGUCGCUCAGAACAAUCAAGGUCAACAGGGCCAACAAGGUCAACAAGGACAGCAGCAAGGUCAACAAGGGCAGCAGCAAGGUCAACAAGGGCAGCAGCAAGGUCAACAAGGACAGCAGCAAGGGCAGCAAGGUGCAGGUGGUCGUGGACGUGGACGUUUCGGGAGGUCCAGAUUUGCUGCCCGUGGGUUUGUCGCCUAG